AUGCAACCUUCUACCACUUUCGACGACAAUACAAUCUCGUCAGUCAAAUUGCAGACUGAACGAACUUCGUCUCUCCCCUCUAUUCAAUCUCUUCCUUUUCACUACUCACCAUCCGGCCCCUCAAACAGCACAAACAACACCACAACAAUGGCGGCCAAUUCUCCUCACAACGCGCAAGCGACCAGCGCAAUGCCUCCUCCAGCCCAUCCUGCCUCAACCCCUUCCAAGAUGCAUAUCAACAGUCUGAUGUCGCCUCCAGACCAGGCACACGAUAGCUUCUAUUACCACACCGGAAAGGUCGACAACUCCUCCAGCAAGAACGCUUCAGGAAAGCCUCCAAUGUCUCCUCCCAUCUCGCCUUGCAACAGACCGAUGGCCACCACCGAGACACCAACAAACUCAAUCCAGGACCCCGUCCUCUACCCAUCCGAUGAGGUGCCUUCCAGUCCGGCCCAGACUCCUCUAUUUCCAACCCUUGAGGAUCGUGACCAUAGUCGAACGAUUGAGGAACACAUGCAAAAGAAUAUCAACGACAAGAUUUUUGUUGAGGUGCAACCCCCGACACGCAACGACUAUGAGCUUGUGGCGUCGUUUCAAUCGCAACUCAACAAAAACUACGAACUUAACCCAAAGGCAUGGAUGCUGUCAGUGAAUAAGCAGGCUCGUGACGACAAUCGUCGCAUCGCUCAAGCCAAAGCACGCGCUCGUCCCUUGGCAGCCAAGGCCGCAAAGAUAUCUCGGCCUCGCCCCGAUAAUCGUGUUCAGAAACCUACCCAGCGAUUCAUUCGCGCCCAACCUACCAACAGCCCUAAACGGCCAACGCCUCAACUCAGCGCCAAUGGUACCGCUGAGCCGAAACCUCGCGCUCAAGGCCCAGACAAGGAUUUUGAAUCACUGCCGGACUUCUGUCCACCAUUGAGCACGCUCCCCGACAGAUCGACCAUUCUCAAAGUUGAUUGGAAGGGACAGCCACUCGACAACAGCAACGAUCCUCAUCGACAUCUUCUUCAUCCUGACGAAUUAACGCUGGCAAGCAAUCUGCGCCUUGACUGUGCGACGUACCUGGCCAGCAAGAGACGCAUCUUCAUUAGCAGGCUUUCCUGUUAUAAGCGAGUGAAAGACUUCCGCAAGACCGACGCCCAACAGGCUUGCAAGAUUGAUGUCAACAAGGCCUCCAAGUUGUGGACUGCCUUUGACAGAGCCGGCUGGUUUCACAAGGGAUUCAUGGAGCCAUUUCAGAACACCAAGCUGAACUAG